UUGCGCACUCGAAAUUGUUUUCUUAUUUGUGCACCCAACAUGCCGCUCUCCAGCUAUAAAUUCUGACUAGUUAGGCUCAGUCGGUCGCCAGUAACGCCAAGCGGGCCACUGCGUACCAUCAUCCCACUGUGGCUAUCACUGCAAUUUGCAUUGAUAACAUAUUGACUACGGCUCGGAUUUGACCCAGAAAUUAUGUCGCUGCUGGUGGAGUACACUGAUCCGAGGUGGCGCGGUCUAAACAUGCGCGCCCUCGCCGUCGACCAGGCCUACAUGUACCUGCGGUCGGAGUACGGGGAGCCCAGCUAUCUAUAUACGCUUUCCGACGAGUGCUAUACGUGCCCCUACACGAAAGUGAAAGCUCUGCCAGCUGCUGGCAGCGGACAGCAGUUGGAGCCGUUACAACUGAGCACGGAGUACGCUUUGAAUUUCAAAAUCUUUCAACACGAUCAGGGUCGCUAUGCCCACGAGAAUGUCUCUGCCCUCUGCUGGCUGCGCCGCACCGAUCUGCAGGAGUUCGGGGUCUACAAUCUGACGCUCCUGCCCAACGGCACCUGCGACUUUGCCGUGGACAAGCCGGGCGUGCCCAUCAACUACGCGUUCCUUUCCGUGUUCGUGCUGGUGGCCGCCGUGCUAAUCCUUCUGAAGCUAGGAAGCUGCGCCUGGCGUUGCUACCGCUACGAUGAGGCUGCUGCCGCGGCGGACAGCAUUGGGGCGGCUGCUACGAAGGCCACGCAGCGUAAGCGACUGCGAAGUCUGGACACGUUCCGCGGACUGUCCAUUGUUCUGAUGAUAUUCGUGAAUAGCGGGGGCGGCGGCUAUGCGUGGAUCGAGCACGCCGCCUGGAACGGCCUGCAUCUCGCCGACCUGGUCUUCCCCUCCUUCCUGUGGAUCAUGGGCGUCUGUAUACCUCUCUCGGUCAAGGCACAGCUCUCGCGCGGCAACAGCAAGGCCCGCAUCUGUCUGCGCAUCCUCUGGCGCUCCAUCAAAUUGUUCGCCAUCGGCCUCUGCCUCAACUCGAUGAGCGGCCCCUCACUGGAGCAACUGCGUCUCAUGGGGGUGCUGCAGCGUUUCGGGAUUGCCUUCCUUGUUGUCGGCAUCCUGCACACCCUCUGCAGCCGCCGGGAACAGGUCCAGCCACAGCGCGCCUGGCAUCGGGCCAUAUACGAUGUCUGUCUGUUCAGCGGGGAGCUGGCCGUGCUCCUGGCCCUGAUCGCCGCUUAUCUGGGCCUCACCUUCGGCCUGCCUGUGCCCGGCUGUCCGCGCGGCUAUUUGGGGCCCGGCGGAAAGCACGACCUGGCUGCGCAUCCGAACUGCAUUGGCGGCGCAGCUGGCUAUGUGGACCUGCAGGUCCUGGGCAAUGCACAUAUCUACCAGCAUCCCACAGCCAAGUAUGUGUACGACUCCAGUGCCUUCGAUCCGGAGGGAGUCUUUGGCUGCCUCCUCAGCAUUGUCCAGGUACUGUUGGGCGCCUUUGCCGGUCUCACUCUCCUCGUCCAUACCACCUGGCAGACCCGCCUUAGGCGCUGGCUGCUCCUCUCCCUGCUCCUGGGUGUCGUCGGUGGUGCUCUGUGCGGCUUCUCCCGGGAGGGUGGCGUAAUACCCGUGAACAAGAACCUCUGGUCGCUUUCGUUUGUGUUUGUGACCGUCAGCGUGGCCCUUCUGCUGCUGGCCCUGCUCUACUACAUCAUCGAUGUGCGCGACGGCUGGUGGUCGGGCUGGCCCUUUUCCGAAUGUGGCAUGAACGCCAUCAUCAUGUACGUGGGCCAUUCUGUCCUGCACAAGAUGCUACCCUGGCACUGGCGCCUCGGGCCCAUGAACACCCACUUUGUGCUGCUGCUCGAGUCCACGUGGAACACACUCCUCUGGGUGGGCAUUGCCCUCUACCUGGACGCUCACGAAUUUUACUAUAGUCUGUAGGCUUAUUCGAUUUUAAAGCUCAUUUUGCUUCCAAUAAAUGUUAGCCUGUAACCUGCUUGUCAAUCUGCAACAAGCUUAACCCAUUUAAGGGCGGCUCGCUCGUGCCCUUUCGGUACACAAACCAA